GAAUUGUAAACUAUACAAAUAAUUAUUAAUAAUAAAUAAAUUACAUUAAGUUUUUAUUUGUUAUAAAUAUAUAUAAAUAAGAACAUAGAAAUAUGACUGCUAUAAGAUUACCACCUCUUCCAUCCAUAAAAGAUGUAUUGAAAAUUUAUAAGUUGAGAGCAAUGAAACAACUUUCCCAAAACUUUUUAUUAAAUGAUAACUUAUCAGAUAAAAUAAUUAAAAAGUCUGGAAACCUUGCUGACUGUUACACGGUAGAAGUUGGUCCUGGGCCUGGUGGACUAACAAGAUCAAUUUUAAAACAGCAUCCAAAAAAAUUAAUUGUUAUAGAAAAGGAUACAAGAUUUAAACCUACAUUAGAAAUGUUGGUAGAUGCUUAUGCUGCAGUUAAUGGUGAAAUGGAAGUUAUUUAUGAUGAUAUCAUGAAGAUAGAUAUGAGUAAUCUUUUUCCUGAGACUGUUAAGGUAGCUUGGGAAGACAAAUCUCCUAAGAUCAGAUUAAUUGGCAAUUUGCCAUUUAAUGUAUCAACACCUCUGAUAAUAAAGUGGCUACAUGCAAUUUGUGAAAAAAGAGGUCCUUGGACAUAUGGAAGAACUAGAAUGACAUUGACAUUUCAAAAAGAAGUGGCUGAACGUAUAGUAGCUGAACCAAUGACUGAACAAAGAUGUAGAUUAUCUGUAAUGGCACAAGCUUGGACACGUCCAAUAUUACAUUUUAUUAUACCAGGCACUGCUUUUAUUCCUAAACCAAAAGUUGAUGUUGGUGUUGUAUCAUUUGCACCUAUGGUUAUACCACGUACACAACAUGAAUUUAAAAUUUUUGAAAAAGUAACACGACAAAUUUUUGGUUUUCGUCAAAAAUACUCUAUACGAGGGAUUGAGACAUUGUUUCCUCUGGAAUGUCGAGUUGAAUUAGGACGGAAAAUGUAUGAACUUAGUAAUUUGGAACCAAAAUUAAGACCAACACAACUUACAGUAGAAGAUAUCGAUAAACUUGUUACCGCAUAUAAAUAUUUACUAGAAAAACAUCCAGAAAUUAGGUCGUAUGAGUAUCGUUCUUCUCAACGAAUUGUACCACUAUCGAAAACAGCAGAUCUACAAGUUGAGGAUUGUAUGGAAUAUGCUCUAGAGGAAUUAGAAUGUACAAAUUAAGUAAUAAAUAAAGUAAAUUUCA